CUAAAAGUGGAAGAACGACAGCUGAGUGCGGAAGCUGAAGCUGCCGUCAAACCAGUCGAGGAGGACUCAACGAUCGCCGGGGAUGUCGAGGGCGCCGCCGCAGGAAGACCCGUCGCCGACAGGAGUCGCGGUGUCUCCGGAGGUCGAGGCCGCGCUCGCGAGCGGCGGGGCGGUCGUCGCCCUCGAGUCCACCAUCAUCUGCCACGGUAUGCCUUAUCCGAAGAAUCUCCAGACGGCAAUGGAGGUGGAGGCCAUCGUCAGGGAGAACGGCGCUGUUCCUGCCACUAUAGCCAUUCUGGAUGGUGUGCCACAUGUUGGGCUUAACAGUGAACAGCUGAAGAACUUGGCUAUAAGCGGAAGUCAGUUUCAGAAGACAGCUAGAAGAGAUAUCGCACAAGUUGUUGCUUCGGGUGGCAAUGGUGCUACGACAGUCUCUGCCACCAUGUUUUUUGCUCAUAAGGUUGGUAUACCAAUUUUUGUGACUGGGGGAAUUGGAGGCGUACACAGAUACGGUGAAAAAACCAUGGACAUCUCAUCUGACUUAACUGAACUUGGAAAGACUCCUGUGGCUGUUAUUUCAGCCGGUGUGAAGUCCAUUUUGGAUAUCGCACGGACACUAGAGUACUUGGAAACUCAAGGGGUAACUGUUGCUGCUUACAGGACCAACGAAUUUCCAGCUUUCUUCACAGAAACCAGUGGAUGUAAGGUGCCAUGCCGCGUUGAUUCUCCAGAAGAGUGUGCGAAAAUAAUAUAUGCAAACCAGAAUAUGCAUCUAGGAUCUGGAAUUCUUAUUGCAGUGCCAGUUCCCAAGCAACAUGCAGCUUCAGGAAAGGUUAUAGAGUCUGCAAUACAGCAAUCCCUCAAGGAAGCAGAGUACAGUCCCAAUUCAUUGCUCUCUUUUCUCUUUCUGUAUGUGUGCGCGUGCACGUGCAGUUGGGUUAACAUGUAUGUUUAUGAACAAUAUAAUGUCAAUCUAAUUAUUUGCACUUUGUUUCUCAGUGAUAAAAAGAUAAUAGGAAACGCGAUCACCCCCUUCAUCCUUGACAGAGUGAAAGUACUAACUGGAGGAUCUUCAUUGGAAGCCAAUAUUGCACUUGUGAAGAACAAUGCUCUCACUGGUGCUAAAAUUGCUGUAGCCCUUUCUGAUCUUCGCAAGAGAGUAACAAACAGGCCUGUGAGGUCUGCCCUAUAAAGCUCCUGCCGAAGGAGCAUGUGAAGUUGAUGAUGCCAACAGCUGACCCGAACUGGAGUGUUUGCCAAAGAUAGCAAUUCCGUGCACAUCAUGAAUCAUCUGGCUUGCGCAUUCCGUUCUUGCUAUUUUGUAUCUUGUUGGAAGGCUGUGUUACCAGUAACAUCUGAAUAAAUAUGUUUCAGCGGACGUCUCGUUCUGGCACUAUGAAAUUAUUA